GCUACAACACAGGAUAACUUUUUUAGCCUUGGAAUAGAUAAAACUCCAAGACCUGUAGGAGAGUUACUGAAGGAAGCUGCGAAUACAAUAAGAGAAAACCAACCAGCAUUCAUGCAACAACGUGUGCUGAGGAAUAGAAAAAAUCCAACACAAGAUCUGAAGCAGUAUGAAAAGAAGCCAAAGAAGAUUAAGAAGACUGUUAAUGAAGAAAGAAUGGCCGCAGUUCCAUAAGUGGAAAAAGAAAUAAUGGACCCAGUACCAGAAGUAGAAGAAGAAAGAAUGGCUGAGGUUGCUGAAGAAGAUGACGGAACAAUGAGAAAGGAUGUGAAAGGUUCAGAAGUUAUCGAAAGGCUGGAAGGCGAGAACAAGGAGAAAGUGUUUGAAUAUUUCAAUACUUAUCCGAAAACAGACAUUACUUGGAUUGAACGCAACGAAGAUGGUAGCCACCUGUUUGAUAUAUCUAGAGAGCUAAUGCUACAUCUUACCAAGAAAGAAUCCUACUUGGAGUCAGAAAUCAUCGACUUCUACAUUAGCAGAUUGAGGACAAAGAUGAACACUAACAGCAAGUAUGACAAAGCGAUAUUCCUGUCUCCAAAAGAAAACGCCUCUUACUUGAACGAUUACGGAGAAUUCAAGAGAUUUUGGAUUCCAAAGCUUGCGAAGGAGUAUGUCAAGUACAAGAACGAUGCAGUCAGACUUUUCGCCCCAAUGUGCAACAACAACACACACUACACACUGCUGGAGUAUGAAUUGAAGAGCUCUAAUCCUUGGUUCUGCAUGAACUCGUCAAGCGUUAAGGAACUCAAGGGUGAACACCUUCUUCAAGCCAAGAAAUAUGUAUUUUCAAUUACUACAGAACUGAGACUCUUGUGUCCUUAUGCUCUUGGGAUGAAUGAAAAUGCCAAGAAUCUCCCUUCGCCCCCACAAGGUUCAAUUCUUGACUGUCUUCCAUGUGUAUGCACUUACAUGAAGAUCAGGAUGAAGAAUAAACCACUUGACAAAAAAUUAAGCUCAAGUAUGAUGUUAUGGUGGAAUGACAAGCUGAACCGCAUGAGAGGAAGCAUGAUAUACAAGAUUCUUUCGGAUCCAUCCAGAGAUGUGUAA